UCAACUGCAUCAUUAGACAUUGAGCCUCCGCAAACUACAGAAGUUCAAUAUCCGUCCAUCGCUCAAGCCGCUUUGCUUGGCAGUCUUUACGUGAGACCGAUUGAUGCCCAAGACACUAGAGUCAACCACAACGAAACUAUAAAUGACAAACUGCUGGCAACAAACUCGUCGAAAUCAAGGUUAGUCGAAUGCUCAAAACCCCAACAGGCAAAAGACAAUGUUGACGGCAAGGAGAACGGAGCUAGAAGGGACAAAGCGGAACCAACUAAUGACAGAGGUGACGAGACCCCUCCCACUCUGGUACCUCCAGAUUCGAAUCCUGCCCUCUGGGAGCCCUACAAGACCAUGCUUCAACCCUCAGUCUCCCUCUGUGUUUUUAAAUGCUCCGUUCGGCGUUGGCGCCUUCUUGGAAACGCCCUCCCCGGAGGCAUUCCAUCAUAUACUUGUAAAUAUUAUUUGCAAAUGAAAAUCAAAUAUUACUUCGCCUGUAUUGAACUCCCUUGA